CAUAUUGUGGUUAUCGAUCCAGCCGAAAUAUUGUUGGUCGGUUACGCAGCAGCCUGUCUCCUAAUAAAUUACUAUUGUGCCGAAUUUAUAUAUAAGCAUUUAGCAUUUAUAUAUAAGCAUCAAUCACUGGAGAAAUCUUUUUUGAACUGAGACAGCUUCGUCAGCGACUGUUGCAAAUUCUUCAAGCACUGUCAGUUAUCCAGGCGCUUUUUUGGCGGUUUACCCAAAUAUCCUUCUAGAUUUUCGAGAAAUAUUACGGUGUCAAGUUAAUCAUGACACAACAGCUAUCAGCCGUUCGUUACACUGCAGACUUCGUUCCCUGCCAAGCGUCUCCCGUUGCCGAACUGGGGUCGUUCGGUUUGGUUAAUGAGUAUGAAGACCCGGACUGCAAAGUGUACGUUGAUGAUCCAGAACGGCGAUUUUUGCGAGUCCUCUCGCCACAAUGGGAAAACGUGCGGAACAUCGAUCUGGACGACCAAUAUCAGCAGUAUGCUCGCCGAGCUGCUGAAUUUCCAACCGGCAACUGGCGACCCUUGUUCCAUAUGCAAACAUGGAUGAAAAAGAAUCCCGACGUCUUCAACAAGUUUAGACCGAAUAUUAUUUGUUCCUCUCGUGCGCUAAGACAAGCCCUGGACAUUCCAAACACCUGUGGCCACAGGACAUUCAACGAGUCGUUCGUGGCCUGCAAACGCCGAGGCAUUAUUUACCUGACAUGUGCGAAAUUCGAUCUCCCGGAUGACAGGCGCCCAGUCAACUAUCAGAAGUCAUACCGGUUGCAUCGAUUUGAGCAGCUAGUAACCCGAGGUGCGGGCACUGAAGUCGAUGACUUCUCUUCAUUCGAGUACUUCUAUUCUGUUAUUGGUCGCACCAUCGGCGACACGCGCGUACUCUAUUCCCAGAAAGUCGACAGUGUUAAUCCGCGGCUGGCUAGGACGACUUCGCCAGAGAACUACAUGUCCUUACUGUUUACUGAAGACAAGGCAGCGGCGCCGCACGACAACCGUUGCACCUGGAAACACCAAAAUGCUGAAAGAAGCUUAUGGAGCAAAUGUUUCGUCAGCGGCUCGCCGCGGGUGCUUGUGGGGCGGAAACGUGAUAAUUUACUUAUCAACUGUGCGAUGACUGAAGUCGCCCGGAUUCCGGAUAGCGCUACUGUCAGUACGAACUACACGUUUGAAUUUUCGAUACGCUCAGAUUUAGAGUAAUUGCAAGCGUGUUCGGUUAAGUAUGUGCAUUGAUUUGAGACACAAAAAUUCAUCCUGCUGUGUGGAAGCCGACAUCGUAACUGCCAGCACUGGAAUAAGGAACGCAACGUCAGCUUCCUCAAUGACUUUCUGAAAUUUGUGCGAAAUACUGUGCAACAGGACUACGAACGUUCCGCCUAUGGAUUCAUUGUGGACUUCAGCAACCGAUCUACCGCAACCGUACGAGCAACGGAAUGGUGUGCCGGGUCCGCUGAUUUCGAAGCGAAUAACAUACUGCGCAAAUGGGAUCAAGUAGAAGCUGCGUCGGCUGUUGUUUGAUACGCCGAUAAUCGGUGUCUGAAAUUAAAACCUGACUCUGUAGCAGUUCUAAUCUUGCAGUAAAGCAAACUUUAAAAUCAACGGAAGGCGCAGAAGUACGCAAGCACGAUUAAUACGAAUAAUGCAGUCGGUGAUUUUGCUGCAAGUCGAUUGUCAUCAAUUGUCAUAUCUGAGGUUAUCAGAAGAUGGAUGUAGAGUUCCAUCUUGGAAUUUUUGUGGAAAGUUGGGUUUUCUACAAGAAGAACACAGUAAUACAGUAUAUUGAUGACUUUCGAUGUAGAUUGCAUCCCGAUCCGAAUUUUUGCGUGGCACCAGCUGUGAUUCUAUGUCUGUGACUAUGCUAAGUAAUUGAAUUAAGUUCCUUAAUUAGUUGUCGUCGUUGUCGUUGCGACUAUUGCUGGUUGUGGCAUAGUUCCCGGUUACGGCCCCGGGGCGUAAACCUGGGCAGGAUAAGGAUACGGCGGCGGUCCGCCUUGCUGUAUAAAGACCACCGGUGGUGUAACUGAAUGGGCGUUAUAGGUGAAAGCCGCAUUCUGCACCGUCGCCUGCGGUCCACGAUGGGCGCAAGCGACAGUGAUGCCAAUGACAAUGGCCACAAACGCCACACAUCCGAUAACUAUGCCGGCAGUGGCACCGCCACUAACCGCGCCAUGAGUGGGCACUGCAAUACACCGGAUAAAAUUCUAACAUCAGGUUACAGUAGGAUGAAUUAUUCAUAUGUUGCUUACCGAGAUAAUCGUGAGUCGCUGUCGUUGUUAUUGCUCUUUUUGUUGUUCUUGUUCGUGCUGUUGUCGUUGUUGCUGAAGAUUAACAGACUACAAAAAAAGUGUUGCGGAUCAGUGCAUACGCCUCCCUUGUCUACAACAGUCGCUUCGAAAAGUGGUUGUGGUGCGGUUUAGGCUUACAGCAACUUUGGCGAAUGUUGCCGCGUCCAUGCUUUACACCAAGGCGGAGUACGACGAAGGGAAACGGAGGCUGCGACGCAGCCGAUCUUACGUUUUGUUGCAGGUAAUUCGCCGACCGCAUCGCUGGAUGCGAGGCCGCAAGUGCAACCGGAAACGAUUUCUUCAACGGAAAAGGCUGAUUGGAAGCCAGCUGUCACUACUGGAAAGGCGACGAAACCGGAAGUCAGAAUGAAGGCAGUUCUCAAGCCGGAGUAAUAACCUAGCAACUGUUGUUGUGUUAUUCCUGUUUUUAUUUAUUUACAGUUAGUCUGCUGUCAAUCAAAGUAUGUGCGGAUAACAUUUUAUCGAAUUAUCGUGGUACUUCACAGUAGGAUCUAAGCGUACUUUCGUAUAAAAUUCGUCUGUUCACUGCGCGAUUCUUCUCUUCAUCACAAGUUAGAUUUUUUUUAUGGUGAACCAAAACAUGCACGUUGCAGCUGCGCUACUUCUACUACGAGUACACAGUUUAGCUGCCGACCUUCUACUGCGACAUCAAUUUUGCGAAUUAUUCUGCUGUAGUAAAGUCAUACAAAUUUUAUAGCCACUGAAGAUGAUUGCGUUGUUUAUCGGUGAUCCACGGACAAUUCUACAAUGCGCGUCAAGUUUGCUUUAUUAUCAUUCUGUCAAAUAUACCACGUAUUGGGAUUCUGAUGCGAGUUGUGCGAGUAUCUACCCUACCCGGGUAGUAGGCCGAAUACAGAUGAAGAAUCUGGAGGAUUAUUGCGGCAGGACCCUGAGCAUUAACCGCCCGUACUCGUCAGGCGAAGCCGGUACUAUCCGGUUUUGGUAUAUGCCAAGCACGACGUGCAAAGUGACUGUGACUCUGACCAACUGCUACUAUGGAUCGUGCAAUCAAUAUUUUAAAAUUUACCUCAAUAUAAGAGAAUCUAAAAUGCCAACCAGCUCGACGAUGGAAAUUUACGACACAUCCAGCAGUCGCACCCUGGGCAAACAGUGGAAUGGAGGCAGUCAGCCGCAGUAUUCUAAUCCCACAUCGGCCGGUCAGUAUCUGUCCAGAUCGACUAGCCGACCGGAAAUUUCCAUUGAAUUCACCCCCUCUCGCUUCUAUCCUCCCACAUCCAGCCACCAGGUCGUAUUCGACUACGUUCUUGUCUCGGAUAUCAGUGUAUCAAAAAAUACGUACUGCAGCGCCCUAAGCGGAUAUGUCAGUGACAGUUUUAUCUGCGACACCAGCAACGACCGCGUCAACUGUCCUAGUUCCUAUUCAGCCUCAGUGUACAGUAUGGAUCCGGCAAUGUAUCGACAAAGCUGCUCACUGGAGGGUGGAGCGAUUGCCGGAAUCGUCAUCGGUUGUGUGGCUUUUGUGGCCAUUGUCAUCGGGAUCAUUGUUGCUUGCGCUAAACGCCGGCCACGCACAACUGUCACCAAUAAAGUGGCCUUUACCAAUAACGCCUACUCCGCACCGGUCGUAACAGUAUCCCAACCGGGUGCUCCGGUGCCGUAUCCUACCCAGACCUACGCUCCGUCACCGUAUCCAGCUGGUGCGGCACCCCUUCCUCCGGCAGUCCGUUAAAUAGAUGGCCCUCACAGGAGACAGGACCAAAGCAAACUAAAAUAAACGAGCAAAAUCCACUGUUCUGAUUGCUGUCUAUCUAGACUUGAUUUGGUUUGUCCGGUCUCAAACCCCAGUCUUGAUUUGAUUGCCCCCACCGUUCCGUUGUUGUGUCGUAAUAAUUAUUAAAAACAGCAAAACGCUUUCAGUAAGAUUCUUGAUGGCAGACUGUACGCUGUACUGUAUG